AUGAUUCCUUGACAAAAAAAAAGUAAUCCAUGAUUAAUUUGGAAUCUUUGGACGUAGGUGCCGUGGGUUCCUUAAACAUAAAAACAUAGGAAUAUAGCCAUAUAUAAGUCAACAUCUUCCAGUCACCAUCCUCUCUAUCUCUCUUCUUGAUGCGCCCAUAUUUUUUGCUAUUAACAAUUCAUAAUCUCCACUUUUUCAUUCCAUCACCUUCAACAGAAACACCCUUUUAAAAUAUUAUAUAAUUCCACCCAAAAAGCUUUCAACUAAGGAAUAUUUCCUCCUCCUUCUCGCUCUCAUUUUCUCUCAUCGGCUCCAACCUUUUAAUUUAUCAAAUGUUUUCUCAAAAUCGCAGAACAUCAAGAAUCAACCAACUCAUGAAAACAAUCCUUAUUCUUGGUCUUCUUCUUAUCCCUUCUAGUUGCUGCAAUGGAGCAGGAACCACGAACGUAUUCAGCACGAGUUCACCACCCAAAGUACAAGACCACAGAAGUGUACAGUAUUGGUGGUUCUUGCCACAUCGUUUCCCGGUUCCAGGUUCUGGUCCUUCCAGAAGACACAAUGACAUCGGUUUAAGUACUACUAGUACUCGAUCUUCUCCUUGAAGGAACCAGGAUAAGAAUCAAGAAGAAACUUAUUGAAGGAGCAUGGCCCAGCAAACAAGCAAGAAUAAAUCGGUUUCAUUGAAGGAAAUGAGCAAACAAGCUUUGUGGAUGUAGCAAGAUAAAAUCUUGUAAUUACUUGGAUAUCUCAGUAACUUGCAUAGA